AUGGCGCGGUGCCCAGCUCAGGUCGCUCUCUGCUCACUUGCUCUGCUCCUCCUGCUUCCAGCUGCGCGGUCGGCGACGUUCACGAUGACCAACAACUGCGGCUACACGGUGUGGCCGGGGCUGCUGUCCGGCGCCGGCACGGCUCCGCUCUCCACGACGGGGUUCGCGCUGGCGCUCGGCGCGUCGGCGACUGUGGACGCCACCACCGGCAAGUUCACCUGCGCCACGGGCGACUGCGGCUCGGGCAGUGUCCAGUGCAACGGCGGUGGCGCUGCUCCGCCCGCCACGCUGGCGGAGUUCACGCUUGAUGGCUCCGGCGGCCUGGACUUCUUCGACGUCAGCCUUGUGGACGGCUACAACAUCCCCAUGCUCAUCGUUCCGCAGGGCGCGGGCGGCGGCGGCGGCAAUGAGUCUGCUGACUCCGGCAAGUGCAUGGCCACCGGCUGCCUCGUGGAUCUCAACGGCGCGUGUCCAGCUGAUCUGAGGGUUAUGGCUGCAUCGACGACGUCCGGCGGCGGCGGGGCCGUGGCGUGCCGCAGCGCGUGCGAGGCGUUCGGGACGCCGCAGUACUGCUGCAGCGGCGCUUAUGGGAAUCCCAACACGUGCCGGCCGUCGACGUACUCGCAGUUCUUCAAGAACGCGUGCCCGCGCGCCUACAGCUACGCCUACGACGACUCCACCUCCACGUUCACUUGCGCCACCGGCAUCAGCUACGCCAUCACCUUCUGCCCGAGCAUCACCAGGUAA